GAAGGCGUGUCCUGCGCCUGGUCGCUCGGCGGGAAGGAAGGAAGGCGGCAGCAUGGAGGAGGUGCUGGCCAAGUACGUCUCGCAGAAGGUCAGCAAGGCCCGCUGGCGUCCCCUGCCGCCCGCCGCCCUCCAGCCCCCGGAGGUCUUCGCCACGGGCUCCUGGGACAACGAGGAAAAUAAGGUUUCCAUUUGGUCUGUUGGAGACUUCGGAACUUUGAGCGCAAAUGGAGAAUAUCAUGCAGAACCGCAUCUUCUAUGUGAUAUUCAACAUAAUGGUGAUGUUAUGGAUAUGCAGUUUUUGGAUCAGGAGAGAAUUGUGGCUGCUUCAUCCACUGGAAGUGUGACCAUUUUCCGUCAUCAUCAAAAUAAUCAGACUCUUUCUGUAAGCCAGAAGUGGGAAAAUGCACAUUUCUAUGAUCAAUCUUGUGGAAAUGCACCCUGCACUGGGAUUAUCUGUAACAGCCCUGAAAUUUUUACAGUUGGUGAAGAUGGAAGGAUAAAUGUGUUCACAACUGACCGGAAGGAAGCUGUGCGUACUGUAGACAAUGCUGACAGCAGUACACUCCAUGCAGUGACUCGACUCCGCACAACAGAAAUCCUGACAGUAAAUUCUAUUGGUCAGCUAAAAAUAUGGGAUUUCAGACAGCAAGGAAACGAACCUUCACAAAUAUUUUCAUUAACAGGGGAAAGAAUUCCACUACACUGCGUGGAUAGGCAUCCCAGUCAACAGCACAUUGUAGCCACAGGUAGCCAAGAUGGAAUGUUGAGUAUCUGGGAUGUGAGACAAGGCAGCAUGCCAGUUUCCUUGCUAAAUGCUCAUGAAGCAGAAUUGUGGGAAGUGCACUUUCAUCCUUCCAAUCCUGAUCACCUGUUCACAUGUUCAGAGGAUGGAACUCUGUGGCACUGGGAUGCUUCCAUUGAUGUAUCUGAAAGAAAAUCUUAUCUUCAUACAGGUGGAAGAAGUACUACAUUUCUGCCGCAGUCUGUAAUAAGUACAUGGUUAAGCAACGAUCCUACCAAAGACCGCAUGGAAAUCACAAAUUUAAUUUCAAAUCCAACACUAUCUGUUAAUAGUCUAGAUGUCUUAGGAUCAUGUCUUGUAUAUGGAACUGAUGCAGAAUCUAUCUAUGUUAAGAAGAAUCUCUUUUCAUAGCUCUUUUUCAUUAGAAUAGGUCUGCAAUUAUAACUUUCAACUUCUAAAUACUGAAAUCCAUGCUAUUUUAUGUCAAUUAGGAAUAUAAUUUGGCAUGGCAAAUGGAAUACAAUGCAUGUUAUUGCUUUAGUUCUGUAAUCUAAUACUUGCAUAAAGUAAAAAUGUCAUUAUUGUUCACAGGUUGAUUACACCUUUUCCCCAUAAAGAUAACCAAAUGAUAAAGUAACCACUUCAACAGUAUUAACUAUCCUGUAUUAUGUAUUAACUAUAGUGGCAACAAAUUAACAUUCUAAGAAUACUAAGAAGAAAAUCUGGUAAAGGAGAACAGAAAUAAGGUUAUUGGGUAUAAAAUUCUUUCAUUUUUUUUCACUAAAGCAAACGUGAAGAAACUAUCAACCAACUACAUUAUCCUUGAAAUACUGACCAACCUGGGAAUUGAAACGCAACUUCUGGAGAAUUACAAGUUCCCUACUCUUGCAAUAAAAUGUGAAGCAAUAAUUGAUCUAUAAAUACACUUCAUUUAUAUUGCUAUCCUGUUACUAAGUUUUUACUUGACAGUAAAUAUCAUGGAUUUCAGUGGGAAUGACUUUGCAUUCAGUAUGCUGAGGUUUAGUCAUCUUCAUGAUUUAAUUUUUAAAACUUGUUUGUAAUGCUCUUCAGUCCCAGACCUUUUGCACUGUUAUAAGAAACCUUUUCAUAAUUUUAUUAAAUGGUCACUAGAUAUUUUUUA